ACUGCUGCACUUGUACACCAGGAAGUUGAAUAUUAUUGAGUUUGCCUUGAGUUGAGAUUCAGUUGGCACGAUGUCGCUUCUCGGCUUGCAUCGCACGGUGCGUUUAGUUGCAACACGCACGAAAGCCACAGUUGCCAUCGCUGAGACUAAAAAUCAAACGCAAAUCAAAGCUUUUAAUGACAUUCCUGGACCGACGUCGUUUCCUGUGAUUGGAUCAACAUGGUUAGCUGUAAAAUAUCAGGAUCAGGUGGAAUUGGGUGCAUACAUGCAUAAGACUUAUGGAGAUGUCUGUGCUUUAAGAAAUUUAGUAGGAGUUGGCGAUGCAGUGAUGAUUUUUGACGUCAAAGAUAUCGAGAUGAUGUUUAGGAAUGAAGGAUCCUGGCCGCGCAGACAAGGUUUUCAUUCAAUUGGGUAUUACAGGAAUGUGAUGCGAAAGGAAGUUUUCGGUGACAUUGAAGGGCUCCUCACUAGUAACGAUGAACCUUGGGCUGAUUUUCGAUCAAAAGUGAAUCCAAUUUUAAUGCAACCGCGAACAGCUCAGCAGUACAUAACCUCAAUCAACGAUGUCGCUGAUGAUUUUAUCGAGCGCACAACAGAGUUCAUGCAUGCAAGUCCCGUGCGUGAAAUGCCAACGGAUUACUUGGAUGAAAUUCACAAAUGGGCUUUGGAAUCGAUUGGUAUUAUUGCAUUGGAUACACGAUUAGGAUGUAUAGAUAGGAAUCCAACGGAGGAAUCACACAAUAUGGCGAUGUACAUGUUGGAUAUUUUUCGAAUGACGCACACGUUGGAUUACUCGCCGCUAGCGCCAUUUUGUAGAAAGUUUAAUCUACCAAUAUGGCAGCGGUUUGUUAAAUAUCAGGAUUUUUUCACUAAUAAAGUAUUGGAAUUAAUUGAAGAAGCCACUCGUAAAGUUGAAAACGAUCCAAAUUAUGCACUUAAAAGUGAAACAGAUAAAAGUGCAUUUGAAAAAUUACGCACAAAAGGUAAAAUUUUAUCAGUUGUGAUGACUUUGGACAUGUUGGCGGCUGGAAUUGAUACAACUGGAAAAGUAUCAGCCGCCAUCUUGUAUUUCCUCGCUGCAAACAAAGACGUACAACACAAGCUACGCGAAGAAGUAACCAAGGCUCUUCCGGGUUCUUCGGACUUUGUCACGAAGGAAAGCCUUGAACAACUGCAGUAUUUACGCGCUGUUGUUAAAGAAACCAUGCGGAUUGCACCUGUUACAUCGGCCAAUCUACGUGUGAUGACCAAGGAUGUAACGCUCGGCGGGUACAACAUUCCUGAAGGUAAAGCCGUAAUAGUGCCGCACUUGUAUCUCUCGCUCAGUGAGCAGCAUUACAAGAACGCACACCAGUUUAAACCUGAAAGAUGGAUGCGUGGUGAUCCUGCAUCUGAAUUAAAAUCGACUAAUCCGUUUGUUAGUAUGCCGUUUGGUUUUGGACCACGCAGUUGUAUCGGAAAACGGUUGGCUAAUCUGGAGAUAGAGGUUUUUAUUGCUAAGAUGGUGAAAAAAUUCGACAUCAGUUGGAAUCACGCACCGAUGACAUUCGGUGCUGAAUUACUGUAUGGAGUUAAAGAUCCACUCAAAAUACAAUUAACGCCCUUGACAGAUAAGUAAACACAUUAAAUUUUUGAAUGACAUGCAAAAAUCUGUGAUUAUUUGGGACUGUACUAAGUAAAAAAAUUAAUAUUUUUCAUUUCAUACAAUAUUUUACAAUAAAUUUAAUAACUUAAUUAUAAACUCAUGCUAAGAUGAUUUUAUCUCUUUAGCAGACAUUUCACUGUGUGGUAAACCAUUAGUGUUGCCAUUCGGAAUAAUCUUUUUCUUCUUGAUAUAAGUUUUGUAGUAAAAAUCAGCAAAUAAUACAGUCAUGAAAAUAUUCUGCGGGAUAAACACGCAUUGUGUAAACCAUGGAAAAUCGCAGUUCUUUCUAAAGAAUAACUGACCAUAAAGUAAAGUGAAUGUUGCAAAUUGUGCCUAAAAAGAUUAAAAAUUAGGUUAUGUAUAUCUAACGGUAUUAAAAUUAAUAAUUACUAGUUGUAAUUGUGUGAUGUGCUUUUUAAACCAGAGAUUUGAUUUGUAAUGGGUGGAAACUAAAUAAUAGCUGUACAUAACAGCGUGCACGAAGCAAUUGAUGAUUCCGACGUAGACAACAUGGCCGCCGGGUAGAAACUUUGCGGCUGUCCAUGAAAUGGCAACCAUGCCACCGUGAUGAUACACGUGUAGAAAAGAAACAUGUUGUUCUUUUUUUCUCAUAAUGAAAAACACCUAAAAAUAUAUAUGAUGUACAUUGAGGUUAAAAGUGUGUUUAAACGUACAGUAUCAAUUAAAUCAACGAUUUUUAUAAUGAAAUAGCUCCACGUGAGAUAGGCAACUUCAACUGCUUCGGGGUUCAUGGAAUAAUCCACAGGCGCACAUCGCCAGUCAUAAUUAUAUACAAGUCUGCCUCCCUGCAACAUAAAUAAAUUUACUAAAAUGUAAAUAAAAGAAAACCAAGUUUUUUGUUACAAAAACGACGAUAUAAACACAGUAGACAACUUGUAUAGCAUUAUACAAAUCCAUGAGUCGUUCAAUCGGAAAUGCUUUCUUAUUUUUCAUCCAUUUUGGUCCCCAGUACAACGCAAAGUACACAUAACCUCCAAUUAUGCCUAGUGGCCAACAUACGUUGUUUAAAAAUAACAAAUGUUGCACUCUUGGAUCUGAAACAAUGUAAAUCUUAUUUUUUAUGUUUUUUUUUUGAGUUUUUAACUGAUUACCUGGAAGCUCAGUCAUGGUAUAGUCGUACAUCCGGUACAAAGUUGUAAGAAGCAGCGCCAUCUUGGAUUUUCGUAGGUCACUUUCGUGACCGAUUGCUCUCGCGUUCGACACGCAAAUGAGAGACGCCGGCAAUGCGUCGGUUAAUAUUAAUAUGUAUUUCGAUUGUGUUUUCCUUUAUUGUUCUUUUGUUUCCAGUGCUUUUCGCGAUGCUUAUCGUGUGUUAGAAUGAUUCCGCGCGCGCUUGUAAAACAAUAGUACGCUGUGACACAGUUUGUGAUGGCGGUGGCGCGCGCCAUGACGGCGCAAACUUUUUAAAGGUCAAACACCCGAAAUUGUCGCGUGCAUAUUCAUUGUCGGCUAUUCUAUUAAUUAAUUAUAUGCAAGUGGCAACCUCAUGGCGCAAACACGUGUUUACUAGCAAUUUAGGUCGGAUAUUGAUUCAGUACAAAAGAAAGCAUUUAAAUGUUUAAACGGAUGGAAUUGUUGCGCAAUUUGAUUGUGCAAAUUUAUCAAAAUAAAAUUUAUCCUGAUUAGAUUAAUUACUUCAGAUGACACCGGACUGCUAUCUCUAGUACGUAUAUUCUUUCAAAAUAAGAUACAAUAUAUUUAUUUAAUUAAUAUUUGAAAAUUUUAUUAAUAAAUUUUCUUAUAUACACCGUCAGGAUGGCCGAGUGGUCUAAGGCGCUGCGUUCAGGUCGCAGUCCACUUCUGUGGGCGUGGGUUCGAAUCCCACUUCUGACAAAUAACUCUUUUAUUCUUUCUUUUUGGAAUACAAAUCUAAGUAAGUGUUGUAUUUGUAAUAAACUCUAGAUACUCGGUUAGAUGGCGCUACAAUAUACGGCUUUGCAUUAAAUAUUGCUUGUUGGUGGUAGUGAGUGCACACCGUGUCCGUGUGCGAUCUCGCGAUUUCGCGCAAGAGAUAAGUUUGUUUACCUGCAGGUAUCGAAUCUUUAUUUUGUGAAAUCAAAACACACCGUUGCUGUUUAUUAUAUUAGCAUCGUAAAUUUAUGCAAAUAUUCUUCAAUUCUUUCAUGAAUAUAACUAACAAUUUUAUAUUAAUUCAAAUACAUUUUUAUUAUCAGCAAAUGAUUACGGACUAAUGUGUUACCUGGUAAACAAGAAACGAUGCAUUUUCAAAUUAAAUAUCACUUAAUUAUUUAAUGUAAAAUUUGGCAAUCUGUCAGCAUAAGAAAUCAGAAUUACUCAAAUCGAAUUUUAAUUUUUUAUUACUUUAACUAAUGUAAAUAUCGAAACUACUGUAUCAUUUAUAGAUAGAAAUAGCAUGACCUAAAAAUUGUAAAAUAAACUUGUAUUGUUUAUUUCUUUUUUAUCGGCAAGCGUGAGAAUUCGGCACGAGAAUUGUGUUUAUUUUGAACACAAUUCACACUUUCUUAUCGCAUUGCCUUGUGUCGUCGAAGCCAUCCCCUCACGCCUCAUCUUGCUGCAUCAUAUUUUUGUUUUGAUUGCAGGUUUCGUGCCAAAUGCAAUUCGCGCUCAAGGUGCCAUCGACGCGCCGGCUUCACGCACCUCUUGAUUUCUUAUCUUAACUGUCGCGUCGUUGCUUGCGCAGUUUGCGGUCAGUUUCGUGCCGGUUUCAGGUUGAUCGAGGCGUAUUCUACGCGACUCGUAUUGUUUGUAUUAUAUUUAAUCAUCACUCGACUAUUUAAUUGUAAUCACUAUAGUAAUAUUAUUUACUAUUUGCGCGUUUAUCGGCGUCCGGCCGGUUUGUGAUCGCGCGGAAAGUGUAUAUUGUAACUCACAACAGUUGUUAGGUGAAUCAAUUAAAAAUAUUGAUUUAUACAUCAUUAGGAUGACCCAUCGAGUUGGUUAUUAGCGGUGCCUUGGAGUCGGAUGAGUUCUGCAUUGGAGUUACUACUACCACCAUCUUCGUACGGUGCCUUGAAUGGGAGUCAGUACAGGCGCUACCUUCGUACGGUGCCCUAAUUGGGAGUCUUUAUGGAUCUUAUGAAGCAUUGGCUAAUUCUGAGAUGGCUAGGUUUAUCAAUAAUGACCGGCUGGAGUGGUUUCGUAGCACUGGUGGAGUGCGUAUUGAGGAUGAUAUUUUGAUUACUGAAAAUGGAUGUUGCAACUGGACUAAAGUUCCCAGAACUGUCCAAGAAAUUGAAGAUUGGAUUGCCGGUGUUGAUGAUGAUUCCAAAUUCGAUUGAAUGAAUUUACAACAUUUCGAAGCUGUUAUUGCUAUCAUUUUUGUUUAUUAUGUUAAAAAUUGUAUAAUUACAUGUAUAUAUUGAGAAAUUGAGUUACUGAUGGGUGUAUAUUCUACAUGUUUGAAUAAAAUUGUUGUUUUAUACUUUUAACUAUAAA